AUGGAUCGACAGUCGCUUUCUUACGCACUCCAUGAACCACCAAGACCACCAGUGGUAACCUCAACGCCACCCCAGCGCCACGUCGAAGUUGCUGCUGGUCAUACACAAGCACCACUGAAUAAUACGGCUCAGCCUGUAACAACAACUACCGCACCCAUCGAAAAGAGGAAGCCCGGCCGUCCCAAAGGUUCAAAGAGUAAAAAAGUCACGGUCGCGUCCGACCCACCGACAACGCCAGAUACUUCCAACCAGACUAUUGUUGAAACUUCAACGGCUGGAAAGGACGCCAGCACCGAUGCUUCUCCACUACCAGUCAAUGCCCAGAACAAACAGUACUACGAAUUUCAGUGGCGGAUCCUCAACCUCUGUCAUGAAUUCUAUGGGGCAGCAGAAGAACUGGUGAAAAGCACUCCGCCACUAGUUAUUGCCCAAUGCUACCAAAUGGGGCCUUCAAGCAAACUUGACCCGCUCGUAUUGCUGAAUGAAGCGAAACAGAUUUGUGAUGCACUUUUAGCAAAUCCAACCAAAUUGAUCUCAAAUCCUCCUCCUCCCAUGUAUACCGCUGUUCCCACGUUUUAUCAACCUCAGGUGGCUCCUGUCACAGCGCCCGCUCCGCCUACUUCAAUAGCCACAUCUACUUCGACAUCAAGCCCAAAGCCUCCGAGCACGUCCGCUCCCAAGCCGAUGCCAUCGACUUCACAGUCAACUACAACGUCGCAACCUCCAGCAACAACCGUGAUCACCAACCCUGGCUCAUUCGUCGUAUCGCUUGGCUCCCAACAAUAUGCUUAUCCUGCCACUGCCAUCGGUGGCCCGUAUUACGCCUAUCCUACUUACCCUGGCUUUUUAUGCACCAGGUACAACCACCAACACCAACAACUCACCCCCAGUACCGUCAACAUCCUCCGCUCCACCACAGAAUACGGCGUCUUGUGUAGGCACCAAAUUCUUCUCAAGGCCAGCGCAAUGGGUCUAAAAGAAAGUGGAUCGCGGCCCAAACGUCGCCGCGAAGAGACUACAGAACCUCCGCCUAACCCUCCUCCACCCAAUCCAGGCAUUGCCGUCACCGCUUCCAAGGCCCCAGUAUCGGCGUCUACUCCCAGCAACGCGACUCUUGGCUCACCCGCGAUGAGCAAUGCAACUGCACCGACGCCCAUUGCAUCACCAGCAAUGCAAAACCUUCAACAUCCCGUCCCCGCACCGAAACCCAAUUCUAUGCCCUGGCCGAUGCCGACUGUUGCGGCACCCACCAUUUCACCUGUUCUCUCACCUUCACCUCUGCUACAGAGUCAUGGACCACCUGCGCCGAAUCCGUCCUCUGGCUCCACUUUUUAUCGGCCCCGACCAACGCCGGUCCCUGAAAACGCUGUUAUGCGUCACACUUUCGUUUAUCAUAAUGGUACCAAGUAA